CCUCUCUCGGGGAUCCCUUGAGACUCGGGAAGAGCUUGCCUGUCAGCCCUAUCAGCCGGCCCUUUCCCCUGACUGCCUGGGUCCUCAGUUGCUGUAAAGGCUGGGGGUGGGGAAUGGACCUGCCCAGGCUGGUUAAUGUAUAACCGGGUCCCCGUUCUUGGCCAGGAGAGAAGCACAGAGCAGGUCGGGACACCCAGGCUGUGCAGCUCAGCCAGGCUCAGGGCCUCCACCCCAGGGCAGAGAGGUAAGGGCCCGAGCCCCUCCCAAUCAGCCCACAAAAGGGCAGGAGCCUGCUUUGAAUUCUGGGGGCUGGAGGAGGAGGAGGGGCACCCAGGGACUCCCCUAGAGCCCUCAGCUGCCCUGGAGCCAGCCUGGAGGUAGUUCCUUCCCCCUGGCACUAGGCAGUGGGGGGGGGGGGGAAGAGGAGGAAGCCGAGAGGCAGGGGGUGCCCCCAGGCCUGAGCCUCAGAAGGGGCCACUUCCAAGCAGCCAGAGGGAGGAAGCCCGGGAGAAGGCAGACUGCUGGACUUCCCGUCCAGGCCCUCGGGCCCUGUUGGAGGAGGCUAGAGUGUGCUGGGGGAGGGAGCAUGGGUCAUGACUGCUCUUCCUCCCCGUGGAGCCCUCCCUGUUCUCUAGAGGCUCCUGAGCUCGGGCCUGGCACCAGAGGCGGGCUCCUCUUCUGUGUGAGCAGGGCCUUGUCUCAGCUGAACGCAGAGCCUAGCAGUGGGCCAUGCAAACAAGAGGGAGGUAUGCAAGCAUACACAGAGCUGCUGCCAGGCCUCCUGAGGGGAGGACGCAGGAAUGCUGGGAGGGGCGACGCCUCCCACGUGGUGCCUGCUCCCGGCCCUGCCCCCACCUGUUGGCCUCCCAGAGGGCAGCUCCAGCCUGCAGUGCCCACGCCCCUCAGAGGGAUGAAGGCAAGCCCCCAGGGGCCAGGAGAGGUGCCCCCAGAGUCAGGUGCUCCAUGGCAAAGGAUGUGAGGGGACCCCCACCCGCCAGACCCCUCCAGGGCAUCCAGCACUCAUGCCAAGGACCACAAGGACCUGGCUACCCUCCCCGAGCCCCCAGUAAUCCCCAAAGGCCAACUCAGACUACCAUUCCUGGCCACCACUUUGUCCCCCACUCGAGGAAGGAGUUUCUCCAGAAAGGCAGGAGAGGGGCCCCAAAUGCCUCCAGCUGCCCACCAAUCUCCUACUGCUUGCAGGCCAGGCCCGAGAACCCUGGGGCUCCAAGGCAGCCCCAGCAGAGGCCCAAGAAGAUUGUGUUUGAAGACGAACUUCCAGUCAGGAACCCCGAGGUGACUCCUGGGUCAGGGCCUCAGCCAAGCUCUGACCUGGAGCCUCACCCCAGGCACCACCCCCAGGCUCAACUGGUACCUGACUAUGUGCUGAGAUACCCAGCCAUCUACAGUGAGGCCGAGAGACGCCGCUACAAGGCUGUGUUCCAAGACCAGCAUGCGGAGUACCAGGAGCUCCACCAGGACGUGGCCACAGCCAGGGCCAAAUUCCAGGAACUGGAGACCCUGCUGGCCACACUGCCUCCGCCAGACCCCAAGGAAGAAGCCCGUCUUACCCGGGUCCGCAGGGAAUUUGAGAGGAAGAAGAGGGACCCAGUUUUCCUGGAGAAGCAGGCCCGCUGUGACUACUUGAAAAGAAAAUUGAAGCAUCUCAAAGCACAGAUCCAGAAAUAUGAUGAAAAAGAUUCUCAGGAUGGUUCCGUUUAUUUCUGAACCAGAUAUUGCCCACAUCCCCAGCAGAGACAGAGCAGCCUCUCCUGACCCCGCCAGUUCCAGCAGAUGGGGCGGGAUGCUGCUUUGAGAUGCCAGGAACUGCCUGCCAAUCCCCUCUUGCUGCUGAGGAAGGCAGCUACCUUAGCUAAGGCUGAGAAUAGUGGCUGACCCUGAGAACCAGACAGUCUCAGCCCCCACUUCUCCCCCAGGAGGAUAGCAGUGUUUGGGAAGAGAACUUUGGGGGUGAAUGUCACCAAGGGGCCUGCCCAUGCAUGGUGCACCCACCGGCUGGGGGAGCAAGUGCCUGUGGGGAAGAAAAUGCUCCUGAGGAGAGGCGGCAAGGAGGAACCUCCCUACAAAGGGGCCAGGUUGGGCUGGAAGUCAGGAGCCCAGGCUUCUAGGUCCCAUGGUGCCAUUGCCUUAGUGUGACUCUGGGCAAAUCCUUUCUCUUUUAUUUCUUCCUCUGUUCAAAGUGGAAUGCAAGGAGGUUUGGACUAUGUGUCUCUGAGAUUACAAGUCUGUCUUCUAAGGACCUUCAUAUAAUCUUCAAUAUUUUUUGUUCUAAGGACUCUCCCAGCUCUGACAUUCCCUGUUCUAAGGUCUCUCCCAGCUCUGUCAUCCUCUAUUCUGAGGUCUCCCCCAGCUCUGCCAUCCUCUGUUCUAAGCUCCCUCCCAGUUCUGACAUUCUCUGUUCUAAGCUCCCUCCCAGUUCUGACAUUCUCUGUUCUAAGUUCCCUCCCAGCUCUGACACUCUCUGUUCUAAGGACUCUCCCAGCUCUGAGAUUCUCUGUUCUAAGGACUCUCCCAGCUCUGACAUUCUCUGUUCUAAGGUCUCUCCCAGCUCUGACAUUCUCUGUUCUAAGGUCUCUCCCAGCUCUGCCAUCCUCUGUUCUAAGGACUCUCCCAGUUCUGACAUUCUCUGACAUUCUCUGUUCUAAGCUCCCUCCCAGCUCUGACAUUCUCUGUUCUAAGCUCCCUCCCAGCUCUGACAUUGUAUGAUUCAAGCCCCUCCCUAACCCCCUGGUUCUAACCUUAUAUGUUUUAAGGUCUCUCUUAACUCUGAUAUUCCAUGUUCUAAGGAUCCUCCCAGGUCCAACAUUUUGCAUUUCAAAUUCCAAGGAAAGUGUUAAAGCACAGUGGAUAGAAUUGGGGACUUGAAGUCAGGAAGAGGGGUCCAAACUACACUUCUGACUCUUCCCAUUUUUUGACCAUGGGCACAUUGAGGAGGUGAUAAGCUUCAGAUUCUUCAUCCAUAAAAUGGUGAGAAUCAUAAUAAUGCACAUACUAUCUACUUCAUUGGGCUACUGUGAGGCUCAAAUGAGGUAAUCUUUAUAAAGUACUUUAUAAGUCUUAAAGCUCUAUUUAAAUAAAUGUCUAUUAUUACAGUUAUUAUCA